ACCGCCUUUUCCUACUGCACGCCAUGAUGUCGCUCCUCCCUACUUCGCGCCGCUUUGCCGGUCGUCUCACUCUCGCGACCCGCUCCCUGUCGACCACGGCUGCGCGAUUCGACGUCAAGAAGUCCGUGUCCAAGAUCUAUGGCUCGGCCGACGAGGCCGUCAAGGACGUCCAGGGCGGCUCGAUCGUGCUUUCCGGAGGAUUCGGAUUGUGCGGCACCGCAGACACGCUCAUCGGCGCGCUCGCCAAGCGGCCCGAGGUCAAGGACCUCACCUGCGUCUCGAACAACGCCGGCGUCGGCAAGUUCGGUCUCGGUGCGCUGCUGCACUCGGGCCAGAUCUCGAAGAUGAUCUCGUCGUACCUCGGCGCGAACAAGCACUUCGAGGGCCUGUACCUCAACGGCGAGAUCUCGCUCGAGCUCACGCCGCAAGGCACGCUUGCCGAGCGGUGCCGCGCCGGCGGUGCGGGCAUCCCGGCGUUCUACACGCCGUCUGGGUACGGCACGGCGGUCCAGACGGGCGAGAUCCCGAUCCGGUAUAAGAAGGGCGGCAAGGAGGUCGAGAUUGCGGGCAAGCCCCGCGAGGUGCGCGAGUUCGGCGGCAAGGGCUACAUCAUGGAGGAGGCGAUCAAGGGCGACUACGCCCUCAUCAAGGUGUGGAAGGCCGACGAGUACGGCAACUGCGUCUUCCGCUACGCCGCGCAGAACUUCUCGGGCGCGAUGGCUCGCUCGGCCAAGAUGACCAUCGUCGAGGCCGAGGAGAUCGUCCCUGUCGGCUCCAUUGACCCGAACGAGGUCCACCUUCCCGGCAUCUUCGUCAACCGCGUCGUCCAGUCGACGGUCCCGAAGCGGGCCGAGGUCGAGGUCCUGCGCGAGGAAAAGGGCUCGUCGCCGUCGGUUGGCGCCAUGGGCAAGGACGAGGCGCGCCUGCGCCGCGAGCGCAUCGUCAAGCGUGCCGCCAAGGAGCUCAAGGAGGGCAUGUACGUCAACCUCGGCAUCGGCAUGCCCAUGCUCGCGCCGUCGUUCCUCGAGCCGGGCACCGUCAUCCACAUGCAGUCGGAGAACGGCAUCCUCGGCAUGGGCCCGUACCCGACCAAGUCCGAGGUCGACCCGGACAUCGUCAACGCCGGCAAGGAGACGGUGACGCUCUUGCCCGGCGCGUCCACGUUCGACUCGUGCGAGUCGUUCUCGAUGAUCCGCGGCGGCCACGUCGACGUGUCGAUGCUCGGCGCGAUGCAGGUCUCGGCGUCGGGCGACCUCGCCAACUACAUGAUCCCGGGCAAGAUGGUCAAGGGCAUGGGCGGCGCGAUGGACCUCGUGUCGAACCCGGACGCGACCAAGGUCGUCGUCGUCAUGGACCACGUCGCCAAGGGCGGCAAGCACAAGAUCCUCGACGAGUGCUCGCUCCCCCUCACCGGCGUCAACUGCAUCUCGACCAUCAUCACGGACCUCUGCGUGUUCCAGGUCGACCGGGCAGCCAAGAAGCUCAUCCUGACCGAGCUCGCGGCCGGCGUCACCGAGGAGGACGUGCGCAAGGCGACGGGCGCCAAGUACGAGACGUCGCCCAACCUCAUCACCAUGGACGAGUAAAGCAGGAGUCGAAGGACUGUUGUAGAGCAGGUUUCCCGGGCGCUCUGUCCCUUGUCACAUUUGUCAUCACAACCUCGUUCUGUGCCAGUC